AAAAAAAACUUCUAAAUCCAUUUUCAUUCACUCAAGCUUCAUCUCCGUCAUCGUGAUCAUCUUCUUCUUCCAUUCCGAAACAAAACGGUACCGUAUCGAUCGUGUUCGGUUGGGUUCGGUUAAUAUCGCGCUCCAAAUUCUCCGUAGCACGCUGCUCACCGAACGAAACCAAAUUUCCAAGAAUUGGCUUCUCUUUCACUGGCCCCUCGCCGCCACGGUGGCUCUUCCGCAUUCCGCCUCCACCGCCGCCGCCGCUGGGAAACUCUAAGAGGUGAUGGAUGGUUCCGUAUUCAAACGAGACGGUCACUUUAACCGAACUUACUCCUACCAAUCUUGCUCCUCUCAAAGAGAUGUCCGUUAUAGCUGUGGUACUUGUGGUUAUGAAUUGAAUCUAUCCUCCUCUAACCGAAACACCUCAUCCAUCGGAUCAAAAUAUGGGAAGUCCAUAAAGCGAGGUAUUAUAUCAUUCUUCAAUAUUGAUCUUAGCAGAUUUACCCAGGUUGAUGAAAUUCAGUGUGUGCCGCAUUUUGAUAAGCACUCAUGGGGUUUGUUUCGCCGAAGAACCAAGCUUCUUUGUCGCAAGUGUGGCAACCAUAUUGGAAACGCAUGCAAUGGCUACACUACAUCCUUUCCUCUUGUGUCAGACGAAGCAGAGUCAUCUCCUAGCUCCAAAGUGCCCAGUCAUACAAAAUAUGACAUUCGCAUUCGAGCCUUGCAGCCCUCAUCUUCUGAAGGAUCUGGAACCCCUGUGUUUGCUUGAAAUACCUGGUACAAAAUAACAGUACUUUCUACACAUUCUAAUCCGGUGACAGGGAGGUUAGAAUUUCGUUAAUUUAUACAUGCAGAUGGUUUGGCAAAGUGUUUGUGCUUUCCCUGAUGAAAAUGGGACUAAUAGCCUUAUGAAAGAGAGUUGUAAGAAUAAAUUAAAUUUAAUUAUUACGUGUGAGAUUUUAUGAAAGUUCAAUACAUUGUCAAAA